AUUUCCAUCCCCACACACAAAAAAGGUGGUGGCAAAAAAGUUCUUUUUGUACACACUGCGAUGAUGGUGAUCAUGAUGCUUCAUCUCCACCCUGCAAUCACCUACACCACCACAACCACUCUCUCUCUCUCUCUCUCUCUCUCUCUCUCUCUCUCCACCAACACCAUGAUUCCAUGUAAUGAACCUAUCACAACAAACUUCUGAACAACCAAACCAACAACAGAGAGAGAGACAUGGAGAACAAGUGUGGCUGUUGGUCUGUCCUUAAACGUGGUGUUUGCAAACCCUCUGCUUCUAAACACUCUCCCAACACUAUCCCUCGUACUAGUCUUGUUCAUGAUGCAGCAACCGAGACGCGAUACCUAAACGCUAGCAAUCGAGAACUGUAUCCUCCCAAUGAAGCUAGACUGUCUUCUGAUAAUGCUGAUCCCCCACCUCAGGAAAAUAAGUCUCCUUGUCAGCUCCUUCAAUUCACAUUUCAAGAGCUGAAAUCUGCAACUGGAAAUUUCAGACCUGAUAGCAUUCUUGGGGAAGGUGGUUUUGGUUAUGUUUUCAAAGGAUGGAUUGAGGAAGAUGGAACUGCGCCGGCGAAACCCGGUUCAGGAGUUACCGUUGCUGUCAAAAGCUUGAAGCCAGAUGGUCUUCAAGGCCAUAGAGAAUGGGUGGCUGAAGUUGAUUUUCUUGGACAGCUUCACCAUCCUAACCUUGUUAAACUUAUCGGUUACUGCAUUGAAGAUGAUCAACGGCUUCUUGUUUACGAGUUUAUGACUCGUGGAAGUCUAGAAAAUCAUCUUUUCAGAAGAACUGUACCUCUUCCAUGGUCCAAUAGGGUGAAGAUUGCACUUGGUGCUGCUAAAGGAUUGGCUUUCCUCCAUAAUGGUCCUGAACCAGUCAUUUACAGAGAUUUCAAAACAUCAAACAUCUUGCUCGAUACGGAGUAUAAUGCGAAGCUUUCAGAUUUCGGUCUAGCGAAAGCAGGGCCUCAAGGAGACAAAACACAUGUUUCCACCCGAGUCGUUGGAACUUAUGGUUAUGCUGCUCCAGAAUAUGUCAUGACAGGACACUUGACAUCUAAGAGCGAUGUUUAUAGCUUUGGAGUUGUGUUACUUGAGAUUUUAACAGGAAGAAGAUCAAUGGACAAGAAGCGCCCAAGCGGGGAACAAAAUCUUGUUUCAUGGGCUAGACCUUAUUUAGCUGACAAGCGAAAACUUUACCAACUCGUUGAUCCUCGCCUUGAACUAAACUAUUCUUUAAAAGCAGUGCAGAAAAUUUCUCAGUUAGCUUAUAGUUGCCUCAGCCGAGACCCAAAAUGUCGUCCUAACAUGGACGAAGUUGUGAAGGCUCUAACUCCAUUGCAGGAUCUUAACGACUUUGCAAUAUUGUCGUAUCACUCUCGUUUAUCUCAACAAGGGAGGAGAAAGAAGAAACCGGAUGGAACUCCACAUAUCAGUUAUACACAAUCCAAGAGCAUGAGGUCUUCCGCGUCUCCUUUGAAUACAGGAAAGCACCAUCGAUGAUGUUUGAAAUGCUUAAUCAUUAUUGGAACUAAGGUUGAAAUGCCUCCUUUGUUUGUUGUUGUUGUUUUUUAUGUGUGGAGAUAGAUAUUUCAAGCUUGCAUAAGUUUUUUUGGUGUUUAAUUAAAAUCUAUGAGGCAAUGAUGGAAGAGUAAUGAUGUAUUGAUUAUUUCUUUGGGCUUUUUUUAUUAAAGAGCUAACCAUUAAUCAUUAUGGAUAGAAACUUGCCAUUUGCUAAUGAUGUAAUUGAGAAGUCUUGUAUGUAUAUGAAAGGCUAGGCCAUGUUUGGUUAAGUGCUUUUGUGAUGGUCAAACAUGGUUUGACUGGAAGUAAACAUGUUUAGCUUCUUUACAUAAAAAAUUGAUUAGAGUAUCAAAAUCAA